AUGGCAGCGAUUAGCCACCGUCUACGUAGCUUCACGCGCCGUUUCUCCUCCUCCAGGAACACUCAAAGAAGCGGCGGAGACACCAAGGUUCCUAUACUCUACAGAAGCCCAGAGAUCGAGUCGGAUUCCGUAACCCUCCAGCUUCUCUCGUGGGGACGAGGCGCAUCUGGUCAGCUCGGAGGCGGCAUCGAGGAGAUUCGAAUGUAUCCGUCUCCGGUAGCAAAUCUUCUUCGUCGCUCCGAUCAAUCCUUCUCUCUCGCCCAAACGCCUGGAAGAAUCGACGUCGAUUCAAACGGGUCGAGUUUUCGGGUUGGAAUCUCUUCCGGGUUGUUUCACUCGGGUUUAACCAUCGAUGGAGAUCUAUGGAUUUGGGGAAAAGGAGACGGAGGGCGACUAGGGUUUGGUCAAGAGGAUUCUGUGUUCGCGCCAAAGUUAAACCCUCUUUUCGAGGAGCAUUCGAUUCGAUGUGUAGCUCUCGGUGGUUUACAUUCUGUGGCUUUAACCCAUCAAGGAGAUGUAUUCACUUGGGGAUAUGGUGGGUUUGGUGCGCUUGGACAUUCGGUUUACACUAGAGAACUCGUGCCUCGACGUGUUGACGGAUCUUGGGACUGCAAAAUCUCUGCCAUUGCAACCAGUGGAACUCAUACCGCUGCUAUUACCGAAUCAGGAGACCUAUAUAUGUGGGGUAGAGAAGAAGGAGACGGUAGACUAGGACUCGGACCAGGGCGAGGUCCAAACGAAGGUGGUGGGCUUAGUGUUCCUUCAAAGGUCAAAGCUUUAAAAGUUCCUCUAGCCUCUGUCUCAUGUGGUGGUUUCUUCACAAUGGCGCUUACACAAGAGGGACAGCUCUGGAACUGGGGAGCAAAUUCCAAUUAUGAGCUCGGACGUGGUGAUAACUUGGGAGGUUGGGAACCAAAGCCGGUUCCCAGUUUAGAAGACGUUCGUAUUACCCAGAUUGCAUGCGGUGGAUAUCACUCUCUUGCCUUAACCGAGAAUGGUAAAGUACUCUCAUGGGGCCACGGUGGCCACGGACAAUUGGGUAAUUCCUCACUGCAAAACCAGAAAAUUCCUACAGAAAUCAAAGCAUUAGCAGAUAAAAAGAUCAUCUUCAUAGCUUCUGGAGGUUCUUCUUCUGCAGCGAUCACAGACGGAGGUAAACUCUGGAUGUGGGGAAACGCUAAAGAUUUCCAGUUAGGAGUUCCAGGACUCCCAGAGAUCCAAACUUCUCCGGUCGAAGUCAACUUCUUAAACGAAGAAGAUGAGCUUGAUCCGCACAAGGUUAUCUCUGUCUCCAUUGGUGCUUCCCAUGCUCUGUGUUUGGUCUCAAGAUCACAUUAA